AUGUAUUCCUCUGGCGGUAAAUCGCAGAGCGGUGGGGCGUCGUCGUCCUCGGCGUCGCCGGGAUCGCUCAAGAACUACGAGUUCGACUUCGGGCUCGGCGGUGGCUUCUCUAAUCGAGGUGCCUCCCGCCCCCUCAGAGACCAGAAGAACCCGUCGGCGGCCACGAAUUCCCCCUCGUUCUCCUCCUCGCAUUCGCAACGCCCCCUGUCUUCCUAUUCUGUAACAGGGGCCCCGAACAAGCCCGCAUGGACCCAUCAGCCAUCCCCGGCCGCCGUUGCUACCGCUGCGGCAGCCGGACCCAGAUCUGGCCUGUCCAACCCUUCAUCCAUGGUGGGUGAUAUCUUCGGUAAGAGCUGGACCUCUACCGCUUCCUCUGGCGGAGGACGCGGGAUUCCUGGAUCGGACCCUAGCCUGUUCGGAGAUCUGGUCGGAUCUGCUCUUGGCCAGACCAAAGGUGGGAACAGCAGCAAGGUCCCGUUGAAGGCUACCGCCCCGAAGAAUUCCUAUUCCAUGGGAAGCAUGUCUGAUUCCCUACCCAAGACUACUACAGCUGGCGCUUAUAAUUCGGGAAAUUCCAACAGUCGUGGAUCAGCGGAUAAUAUGGGCAGCUAUUACCCCAAAACUGGAAGUAACGUUGGCAGCACGAUUGGGAAUUCUUGGGGUGCCCGACCAAUGAAGUCAUCUGGAGCGGCGCCGAGUGCAAAACAGGACCCUUUUGGAUCUUUGGUAGAUUUUGGAUCGAAGCCCUCGCCGAGCCCUUCACCGGCAGUCGGUUCUAGUUUCGCUUCCAAGAAGACCGAUGCGGGGAAUUUCUCUUUCGGGGGAUUUCAAGAUGCAAAUCCUCAGAAAACGGCCGGAAUGGAUGCUACAUUGGAUGGUUUUGGGAUGCCUUCCUUUCAGGAUUUACCGUCAAAGAACUCCCCGCAGCAGCCCAAGGUUGACGCUGAUCCAUUAGAUGCGCUCUUCUCCUCAAUAGGUUCGUCCGGGACUGCAGCAGCAGCAGCUUCCGCGGAAGGAGCUGGAAGCCAGCCAUUGGAGACGAAUGAUUGGGAUCUUGGCGCUGAGUUUGGGGGUCACGAUUCAGGAGGUACUACGACGGAGCUGGAAGGACUCCCGCCGCCUCCUGCGGGCGUUUCAUCUUCAAUAGCGAAGAGCAAAGGGUCAGAAAGCUACAAACAGGGGCAGUUUGCUGAUGGCAUUAAGUGGCUGUCGUGGGCUGUUUUGCUUUUAGACAAAUCUGGGGACACCUCUGCGAUCAUGGAGGUUCUGACAUGUAGAGCUUCUUGCUACAAGGAAGUCGGCGAGUACAAGAAGGCCAUUGCGGACUGCUCAAAGGUGAGAUUUUUAACCGAAACAAGGGUGCAACACUUGAAUAUCGCCCCUCGAUGGUCGUUGUAAUCAAACUCACAAUUGUUGCCAUGCAGAUACUGGAACACGACAGCAGGAACGUUGCUGCGUUGGUGCAGCGUGCUCUUUUGUACGAAAGCAUUGAGAAGUAUAAGCUUGGGGCCGAGGAUUUGAGGGCAGUUUUGAAGAUCGACCCAACAAACAGGGUUGCAAGGAGCACCGUUCAUCGAUUGACGCAAAUGGCUGGCUAA